GCCGCCGCUGCAGCCACCGCAUCCCUUUCCCUGCGGUGCCUCGCGAAGGAGCAGAAGACGCAGCCGGAUCGCCGCCGUUAGAGGGGUCCCCGGCCGCCGCUCGCUCCCUCGGCUGUCGCCCUCGGUCAGCCCUCCCGCGGGGUCUCCGCUUCUCCUCCCGCCGCCACCUGCUCCCGCUGACCGUCGCGAUGGGGCUCCUGGACUCGGAGCCGGGCAGCGUCCUGAACAUGGUGUCCACGGCGCUCAACGACACGGUGGAGUUCUACCGCUGGUCCUGGACCAUCACAGAUAAACGUGUGGAAAAUUGGCCUCUGAUGCAGUCUCCAUGGCCUACACUUUGUAUAAGUACGCUUUAUCUCCUGUUCGUAUGGCUGGGUCCAAAAUGGAUGCAGGCCCGAGAAGCUUUUCAGAUGCGCUUAGUGCUCAUUAUCUAUAAUUUUGGGAUGGUUUUGCUUAACCUUUUUAUCUUCAGAGAGUUAUUCUUGGGAUCAUAUAAGGCAGGAUAUAGCUAUGUUUGCCAGAGUGUGGAUUAUUCUAAUAAUGUUAACGAAGUCAGGAUAGCUGGUGCUCUGUGGUGGUACUUUAUAUCUAAAGGGAUUGAGUAUUUGGACACAGUGUUUUUUAUCCUGAGGAAGAAAAACAACCAAGUCUCUUUCCUUCACGUGUACCAUCACUGCACAAUGUUUACGCUGUGGUGGAUUGGAAUUAAGUGGGUUGCAGGGGGACAAGCAUUUUUUGGAGCCCAGAUGAAUUCUUUCAUCCAUGUGAUUAUGUACUCCUACUACGGGUUGACUGCGCUUGGUCCAUGGAUUCAGAAGUAUCUUUGGUGGAAACGGUACCUGACCAUGUUGCAGCUAGUUCAGUUCUUCGUGACCAUUGGACACACAGCGCUGUCUCUUUACACCGAUUGCCCCUUCCCAAAAUGGAUGCACUGGGCUCUCAUUGCCUAUGCCAUCAGCUUCAUAGUUCUCUUUCUUAACUUCUAUAUUCGGACAUACAACGAGCCUAAGAAAUCAGAAACUGGAAAAACAGCUGUGAAUGGUAUUUCAGCCAAUGGUGUGAACAAAUCAGAAAAAUCAGUGCUAGAAAAUGGAAAAAAGCAGAAAAAUGGAAAAGCAAAAGGAGAGUAAAUUGAACUGGGCCUUAACUGUUGUUGACAGUAAGGAAGCUCCCAUUUCAUAUAAAAUUUCAGGGAAAACGAGCAGAUGAGGGUUUGGGAGUGGGGAGAAAAAAGCAAAUGUGCUCCUAUGUAUUAGUAACCUUUAGAUUGAGUAAAGUGUUAAAUACAGUACCCGAAUGUUUUAUUUAUGAAGUUUUUAUUUUAAACUUUUUUUUUUUAAUUAGCUUUGUUGUCUAGACCAAAGCAAUUAUUACGUGACUUUGGAGGCUCUCCCUCUGUUCACAUCUGUUUGUCUAAUGCAUGAGACUUUUCAUGUAUUUUAUAUGCAGUCAUUCCUCAGUCUGAUGAUCACAGAAACAUGGUCUUUAUGAGUUUUUUAGCUAAAUUACUAAUUACUUACUGAUUAAAAUUCAUUACCUUACAUUUUCUGGUCCAAAGCUGGAAAUGCAGAUAAUUUGAAAUUUGCACAUUUGAAUUCAUUUGCUGGCUGGAAUGGUCAAAUCUCUCCACCUCUAGUCUGAAUAUACCCUUUUGGUUGUAAUUUAAUUUAAAAAAUCUGAUGAUCUCUGUAGACUUUUAGAGGCUUGAUGAUGAUGGUGUUGGUGAAAAUAAGAAAGAAUUACAGUAAAAUCCUGUCUGGCGACCCAAAGGUCAGCAUGACUUAUGGCACAAAUCACUGUGGGAAACAAUUUUUUUUGAUGAAAGGCAGCCUUUCAAUACUGCUAUUACUAUCAGAAACUAUAUUAUGAAAAUUAAGAUUAUUGUCUGAUUGGAACAUGAAACAACUCUUGUCAUUAUUAGUAACAUCAUAAAAUAGUUACAUUAAUGUGAUCGCUCUUAGGAGACAAUAUGUUGAUUUUUAUCAGACUUUCCUUGUUUUGAUUUGUGGCUGUUACCGAUUUUUCAUAUGUGGAAAUAUACCUACCUCUUCUGUUGGAAAGAACAUUUAAAAUUAAAUAAAUUUUAAUUAAAAAAAUCAAGGAGUCCUCUAAUGUACAUUUUAAUAUUACCUUCUGAAUCCGCUAGUACCUUUUUGCUUUUUUACAAAUAGCAUACGCCAAACUUUUCUGUGAAACUAUCCUUCUCUUUCAAUGUGUUUAAUUUUGGAAUAAUAUUUUCCUCAUGACCAAGUUGCAAGAUCUUAUUUAUUAAUGAGAUGUGAAGUGUAAACCCAUUUUGGUGCAAUAUUCUUGACUCCUUGGUGCUAAGGAUCAUUAAAUUCAGUGCUUGAUUGUUACAAGGUGUUAACUAUUAAGACACAAAAUGAAUAAAAGUGAGAGUAGUCAGAACCAGAAACUUUAAUUUGCUAUUUACAAAUGAAGUAUUUUAUGUAAUAUACAUGAACAACUGAAAGUGCACUAGGAAAGAGAAUUGUUCUGUGUCUUAUUACAUAAGUUAAAUUGUUAGGGAAUGUUGCACAGGGAUCGUUAUGAAAAGAGAAAAUGUGACCAAAAAAAAAAAAAAAAGCAUGAGUAUUUCUCAGUAUCUCAACAUGUCAAAGCUGCAUGUGCAGGAUGUAUACUGUUUGUGCAGACCAACUAUUUCACAAUAUUUUGUAAAUUAUAAAAUAUUUAUUGUGCAUUAAAAUUACACACUUUUCCCCCACAAAAGCAUGCAGUCAUGAGGACUACAGAAAAUUUGCAACACAUAUGUAGUUUGGUCUAAAAGGAUUCAACACCUUUGUAUUUUGCUGCUCAGUGUAUAAUGACUAGAGAUUUGUAAAUCUUUGUGAAUAUUCAUUCUUUGCUACCUGAUUUCAGCACAAUAAAUAUACUACUGCAGUGGGAAAA